AUGCUCGCGUACGAUGCUCCUGCCGAUUCUCUUGAUGAGUGCCUCCGGCUAGGGGAGGCCACUAUCAUUGAGAGUAUGAGGCGGUUUGUGCGAGCCGUCGUCGGGGUAUUUGGCGACGAGUACCUCUGUGCUCCGAACGAGGAGGACACCGCGCGCUUGAUUGCUAUAAACGAGCGAAGAGGGUUCCCCGGGAUGCUCGGAAGCAUCGACUGUUCGCUAAACGACAUCAACGUUCUGCACCGCUCGCAUCUCCUCGACAAUCUUGCCGCUGGCGUGGCCCCCCAAGUACAAUACUCCAUUAACGGACAUGGUUACACCAUGGGGUACUACCUUGCAGAUGGUAUCUAUUCGGAAUGGGCCACCUUCGUGAAGCCUAUUCCUUGUCCAGUUGGGAGGAAGCGGCAGCACUUCGUCGUUCAUCAAGCGGCGUUACGGAAGGAUGUCGAACGGGCCUGCUGGUGA